AUGGGGUCCAUUAAGGAGCUCUGGGUUCAGUCGGACCCAGUCCAGAGAGUUAGUUCCUGUAUUCUUGUUUCCAUCCUUCUGUUUUGCUCUUUCCCAGGUGGAGGCAGCGGCAUCGGACGCGCCGUGUCUCAGCGUUUGGCCUCUGAAGGCGCCUCAGUGGUGGUCGCUGACAUCAGCGAGGAGUCAGCCAAUGAGACGCUGGGAAGCCUCCAGAAUGCCGUCAGAGGUCAGAGUCACAUGGCGGCAGCGGUGGACGUGUCGUCCAAGGAGAGCGUGACGAAGCUGGUGACGAGUAUCCAGACUCGUUACUUUCAGCCUCCCUCUGUGUGCGUGAAUGCUGCAGGCAUCACUCAGGACGACUUCCUGCUCAACAUGGAUGAGGAGCAGUUUGACAGAGUCAUCCGGGUCAACCUGAAGGGUUCGUUUCUGGUGACUCAGGCUGUGGCUCAGGCUCUGGUGGCCUGUGGAGCUCCUAAAGGAUCCAUCAUCACUCUGGGCAGCAUCGUAGGAAAGGUGGGAAACCUCGGCCAGGCGAACUACGCUGCAUCUAAAGCUGGAGUUGAAGGUUUGACCAGAACAGCUGCUAAGGAGUUUGGCAGGUUUGGGAUUCGCUGUAACUGCGUCCUGCCUGGUUUCAUAUCCACUCCGAUGACAGAUAAAGUACCAGAGAAGGUUCUGGACAAGAUGAAGUCUCUGGUUCCUCUGGGUCGAAUGGGUGAAGCUGCAGAGGUCGCUGAUGUUUGUGCCUUUCUGGCUUCAGAUGAUUCUCGCUACAUAACAGGAGCCAGCAUCGAAGUUACAGGUGGACUUUUUAUCGGUUAAAGAAAACAACCUGUUGAUGAACCCAAACAACCACAGCACUUAAUUAAUUAACAUGUAAAGUUUAGUUAAUAUUUGUAAUUAUGAAGCUUCUUUUGUACCAAUAAACAACUGAAUGUCAGA